GGUGCAUUCGUUUAUGCAGUGACUGCCGCAGAAUGUCGCAGAUGUCGUUCGUUUACUCCGCCUGUACAACCGACUGCAGCGCAGUUUGUUGUUCGUUUAAGCAUAGCUGCAGCCUAUCUGCGCAGCCAUCUCGGAGGUCCUGCUCUGGAUGCUCUGCUCGCAGUACUGCGUAAACGAAUGUGAAAAGUAUCCAUCAUUAAGCCGGUUGAGCGUUACUUGAAAAAUUAAUUCAACAUGAGUUAUGUUAUAAAAGUUCAGAAUAAAGAAGGUGGAGAAAAACUCCUCCAAGUAGAUCCCACAAAAGUAAAAGUAAUGCAAGUCGUUCCUGGCUAUAAAGCUACUUCAUCUCCAGUUAAUUUGGAAAGAUCUGAGAAAUCAUUAAAUAACAUUUCAAUCCUGCCAUCAUCACUUCCUGAAAAUGUUAUACGCACACAACCUUCAACUUCUCCGAUGCUUGUAAUGUCAGAACCAACAACUUCAACAAUACAAGGUAUCAACAAUCCUCAAGCUUUCAAUUUGAUUGAUUUGAAUUCAAUAACAACUUCUGGACUUUCACUUGCUACUGUUCCAUCUUCACUUCCAAACUUAAAUUUUAUAGAUAAAAAAGAUGCCACUAAAGAGAGUUGGACAGACGCAGAAAUACAACUUUUACUUGAACAACGUCUUAGUAUGAAUGACAAGUUUGAAAACCCAAAUAGCCGAAAGACACCAUAUUGGAAUUUAAUUGUUCAAGUUUUUGAAGAAAAAGGUUACAAAGUAACAAAAGAUGAUCUGGUCAACAAGUGGAAAAAUCUCCAAGUUACUUACAAUCGGAAUGUAAGUAAAUUGAAACGAACAGGCGAAAGUGCCAUCACUUGGAAAUAUUUCCAUCAAAUGCAUGAAGUUUUUGCGGAGAAAAAGAGUGUAAAUCCUCCGAAGGAAUCCCUGGGUUCAACUUUUAAACCAGAAACACUUACCUUGAAGGAUGACUCAGCUGGCACAUAUCAAGAAGAGACUCAGGUAGAUAUCCAAGAAAAUAUUUUACCAACAAAAAAAAGAAGGACAUUAAAGAAAGAGAAAAUCCAAUUUCAAGAAGAAAUAUUACGACUUGUCGAGGAAAAGAAAUCACAAUCGUUACAAUUGAAGAAAGAAAUUUGGGAAGAUAAAAAAAAAAUUGCAACAGACAAAAUUGAAGCGAUAAACAAUCUUGUUACUGUCCUGAAAGAUUUACAACAAAAUCGCACUACAUAAAUAUAAAUGCCAUAAACAUCUUAAAAACUUUCAUAAUAUUUUACAUGCCAAAGACGUUGAUAUUAAAAACUUAAAUAUGUUGAUUUGUUACGUGCGUCGUUACUUUUUUUUUAUUACUUUUCUUUCACUUUAGAAAAGUUUCGUGAUCAAUAUCCUGAUCUCACAGAUAAAGUUUUCGUUUUUUUUGUUCUUAGACAUCUUAGAUAUCUUUUAUGCGGGGUCGACAACAGCAGUCUUAAAGUCGUACGUCAUAGAAAUUGACCAAUUACAAUCGAUUAUUCUUCUGAACUUCAACUGUGAUUGAUCAAUUUCUACGACGUACGACUUUAAGACUGCUAUUGUAGACCCCGCAUUAAUGCUUAUAUGUUUCAAAGUUAAGUAUGAUCUCAUUAGAUAAAGUUGGAUUUUUUGUUUGGUCUCAGAUGUCUUACGUUUUAAUAUUUACAUUUUUUGUCAUUAAGUCAAAUAUGAUCUAGAUACAAUUUAUUUUUUUGUUCUUAAAUGUUUCAAUACAAUACUAACGUUUUUUGUAUAUUAUACAAAUGUUAUCCAAAUAACACCACAUUCAAAAUCAUAAAGACGUUUUAUAUGACUUUUGAUAUAAUGUCCAAAAGUUAUCGUAAUGACAUUUUAUGUCCUGAUUUAGGACGUGGUGUUUGAGUAUGUUCUUAUAAUAUUAAGACAUCUUUAUAUUUUAUGUUAAGAGAUUCGUAC